UUUCCACCUGGAGAAUGUGCUGCCAAAGCAACUACCAUCUGUAUCAGAGAUUGAGCAUGCAGAUGAGCUGAACACAUCUGGAAAUAACACUGCAGGUGUAAAAAUGGACAGCUUUAUGCAUUUGCUUGAAAAGUUGGGCCUAAGUGGUUCUUAUCCAAAAAAGAUGACGAAAAAGGAUGUUCUUGUUAUAAACAGUUUAUCUCUGAGUAUAAUUGAGCCUACAACAGAGAGAGAAUUGAGCAACCUUUAUCUCUAUAAGCUCAUGACUUUAGACUACCAAGCCAGAUAUCUUUGUGUAAAACCUGAGGCAGGUAGCAUGUCUUUAAAUGAUGGUGGAGUAAUUGCUGAGGAUGAGGAUUUUUUUGAUUGUGGUGAUUCAACUGUCCAAAAUGUGUGCAGCAAACUGGAACAAAUUCAUCCAAUGGAUAUUCACAUGGCCAUAUUCCACUGCUCGAGUGACUUUUUGCAUGAGUAUGUUUUUGCUAAACUCUCUGCUUGUCAGUUUAGCCUGCCCAUCUUAGUUCCCAACCCCUCUACAGCAGAGCUGGAAUUUCCUUCCUGGGCGUUGCAGAACAUUCGGAAAUCAUGGCAAAGCAAAAAUGGAUCUGGAAAGUACAAUAACAUUAAAAUGUUCGAUAUUCCAGUACCAAUUGUUUCCUUCAUUAGAUUAGGAUCAUCAAAUUCCAACUCCAAGUCCCAGAUAUUGAAUGCUGUCAUUUGUAAUCAGAGGCACAAUGUUUUUUUUCACCGUCACUGCUGGGACAGCACUUCAAACAGCUUGCUCAUGAAUGGAGUCGUGGAGAUUGCAUGGUAUUGUCCUGGAGGGAAGAAAGAUGACAUAUUUGAUGACUGUGUGGCCUUUCUAAACCUCCAUGGCGAUGCAGCAGAGCAUCCAAAACAACUAGAGUUUCUUCAGGCAGUAAGUACUGUCAAUGUGCUUCUGCUUUCAGAGCAUCCUAUGAGUGAAGCUGCAAAAAAGAUUUCCCGGGAACUUUCCCAGUCUCCUGUCCCCUUGAUCUGUUUGUUCUCAGGGAAAGAAUUCAUUCAGCAGUCAAAAAAUAGUACCAAAGUUAGGCUAGCUGCAAAGAACAGGAGUCAUGCUGCACUUACAAAUGAACUGAUUUUAAAUAUCAAACACUGCAUUAAUGAAAAUAAACAGAAAACAAGCAUUGAGGUGUGCUAUGAAGUUGCAAUUCAGAAACAGUUCAAAAUGAAUGAAGACCAGAAAACACAUCAAGAAGGGUAUGCACAGGCUCUGACCUUAAUUAGCCUUUUGAGGGAUGAAAUCUCAUCCACCCGAAAGGAGAAACUUUUGCCUCUGCAAGGUGAAUUGUGGCAUGAAUGGUGUAGGAAAAACAAAGAGCGGUAUCGCUUGCGGUGCAAAGAAAAGGAAAGCAUUGAACAGCAGCUGAUCAAAAUCUCAGCUGAGGAAGAAGCAAUCAGAGAGAGACAGCUAAAUGAGGCCACACAUCUUAAUGACUUUGUAAGAUCAUUCAUAGACUGCUUAAAUACACCUAGUAGUUCCCAAGACACAAAACUGUACAUGUUGCAGUGGCUCGCAAUCCUCCUGGAUGAUCUUACCACUGAUGAACUUGCAGGACUUGAAGUGGAAUAUCACUCAACCUGGAGAAAAAUGAGAGAAGUACCAAAGGACAAGGACAAAACACAUGUCAAUCAAAUGAAAUCAAAACUCAAGAGCAUAUCUGACAAAAUGGCUGCUACAGUCAUUGGCAUUCAUCAUAUUAUGAGAGAGGUUGGUCAACUGUACGAGACCAGUCAAACAACACCAAAAGCAUCUAUACCAACCAAACAAUUCUCCACUAUUCUGCCUAAAAUAGGGGCAGAUAUGCUGGUUUAUGGGUGUCCACUUGAGCUAAUGGAUGGAGAUGCUACCCAUGUGCCUUUAACAUGGAUUGAAGCUGUUAUGGUUGAACUUGUUAAAAUUAUUGGAGACAAAAAGUUAUUUGUUCUGUCCAUUCUAGGACUUCAGAGCUCUGGGAAAUCCACUCUGCUGAACACCAUGUUUGGUGUUCAGUUUUCUGUGAGCGCAGGAAGGUGCACCCGUGGAGCAUUCAUGCAGCUCAUGCCGGUGGACUCCAGCAUCAGAAAUCAACUUGGAUAUGACUUUGUCCUCAUUGUGGACACAGAGGGACUCCGAUCACCAGAGCUCAGUACAAAGAUAUCAGUGAGCCAUGACAAUGAGCUUGCCACUUUCAUCAUUGGAAUUGGUGACAUAACUGUAAUUAACAUUAUGGGGGAAAACCCAUCCGAAAUGCAGGACAUUCUUCAGAUUUGUGUGCAGGCUUUUCUGCGGAUGAAACUGGUCAAAAUUACACCAAGUUGCAUUUUUGUACAUCAGAAUGUUGCCGAUGCGUCAGCUGGAGAAAAGAACAUGGAAGGGAGAAGACGUCUCCUGCAGAAACUUGAUAAUAUGGCUACCAUAGCAGCAAAGGAAGAGAACAUUGACAGCAUUAAUGAAUUCAGUGAUGUAAUACAGUUUGACAUUGAAUCCCAAGUGUUCUACUUCAAGAAUCUUCUGGAGGGGGAUCCUCCCAUGGCCCCACCAAACCCUUCCUACAGUCAGAAUGUGCAAGAGCUGAAGACCAAGCUGCUAACAAUUGCAGAGUGGAAACCAGAGCAUAAAUUUUCCUCAUUUUCAGAAUUCAGAUCACGGGUUGGUGACCUUUGGAAAGCACUUUUACAAGAGAACUUUGUUUUCAGUUUUAGAAACACAGUUGAAAUUAUGGUGUACACUUCUCUGGAAGAAAAGUAUGCAGCGUGGACAUGGGAGCUGAGAAAAUAUGCUCUGGAGAUGCAGAGCAAACUGUGCAACCAAAUUGGCAGCCAUUUGAUUCAGGAUGUGAAUGUACCAGACCUGAUGGAAGAUUUUAACAAUAAAGUCUACAAUAAACUGCAAGAGGAGAUACAGAAGUAUUUCACAGAAGACAAACAUAGAGAAACUCUAAUAACAUGGAGGGCGAACAUUGACAAACGUUUCAGCAACCUAAGAACUGAGCUCAUUGAUGGGACAGUAAAGAAAUGCAAAGAACUGGUUAUCUUCAAGAAAAACAUAUCAGCACUAGACCAGAAAAAAACUGAAUAUACAGCACAGUUAACCAAGCAGAGCAAAACCAUAGCAUCCAAUCUAAAAACACAACGCCUUGAUGACAUGCAGGUGACAAAAGAAUUUGACAAACUCUGGAUGAACUGGACAGCUGAUGUAAAUAAAGCAUACACCCCCAAUGAGUGUGUGAAUGUAAAAGCUGUAGUGGAGGUAAUCCUCCAAAAAUACUUUGAAAAACAGCCAGAUGUCUUUCAGAAAAUAAAAGGUGAAACAGGGAUGUUUGAGUUUGACAAGAAAAAACAUGUUUCUCAAACUUUAAUUCAGAAGAUAACACAAUGGAGGCAGGAUUUCUCUAAUCAAGUUCAACAAGAAGUGACUCAUGCUGUCACAAAAUAUGUUGAUGAAAAAGAAAACAGCAAGGAAGACUUUAAUGAAAGCUUCAUCUAUGAGAUAUUAAAAACUAUUGAGAUGACCAUUGCUGAAUAUAAGCACUCCACAGAUUUCAUCAGCAAGCACAGAAGCAACCAGAGAAGUGGAAGAGAAAGGAAAUGCAUCCAUGUGGCUUGA